AGUUAUAUCACCACUAUCAGCGGAGGUACCAUUCUCCAGAUACCGAGAACGGAGAAGGACCGAAACCCAGAGAUAACAAAGCGCGUUUUGUCUCCAGGCGGAACCUUUACGCAGAAGGAGAUUUUUGGACAUCUUCGCGAAAGCCGAGGUCGUUUCGCAGUGUUUUGGAGAAGUAGCGGGUCCGUGGCUCGCGGAGACCCUGGGGGCUUUAUGGGCCGUUCCGUUGUUAUCUUGGACUGUCUUUAUUUACUACUGCAAGCAGAGGAUAACGAAAACUGACCGGGAACAGAAGUCUCCGUAGAAGUGACUUUUCACAACCAGGAAAGGAAACCUCCCUUUAGCCUAUAUUUCAGCAGGGGUGAACGAGAGGUGUCAAAAUGUAUCAAAGCCUGGCUUUAACCUCAAACCAGUAUGUGCAUGAGACCGGGAACUAUAUACACCCCGCAGCCAGCUCCCCGGUGUACGUACCCACGACGAGAGUGCCCGCUAUGCUCCCCGCGCUGCCCUAUCUACAGACGUGCGAGACCCCACACCAGGCUCCCAGUCUCGGUGGGCACCACGGCUGGCCUCAGAGCGGCGCCGACGGUUCUUCGUUCAAUCCGGGCAGCCCUCACCCGCCCCACGGCUUCUCCUACUCACACAGCCCACCGGUGAGCUGCAACACCGGCAGGGACACGGCCUACCAGAACCCGCUGGUACUUGGUAACGGCAGCCGGGUCGACCAGUACGGCAGCGCUCUGGUGCGCUCGGUUGGAGGGUCGUACUCGAGUCCCUAUGCCUACAUGAGCCCCGAGAUGGCGAGCUCGUGGACCCCCGGUCAUUUCGAGAGUGGAAUUAUAGGUCUACACGGUAGGCAGGGCUCCCUGACCGGGAGAGGACCCAAUUUCGACAUGCUGGAGGAGAUUCCCGGUGAGGGGCGCGAGUGCGUCAACUGUGGCUCCAUCUCCACGCCGCUGUGGCGGCGGGACGGGACCGGCCACUACCUCUGUAACGCAUGCGGCCUCUACCACAAGAUGAACGGCAUCAACCGACCACUCAUCAAACCCCAAAAGCGCCUGCAGACGACGUCGCGGCGAGCGGGACUGUGCUGCACUAACUGCCACACCAGCACCACCACCCUGUGGAGACGCAACGCCGAGGGGGAGCCGGUCUGCAACGCUUGCGGCCUCUACAUGAAGCUUCACGGGGUGCCCCGCCCCCUGGCCAUGAAGAAGGAAAGCAUCCAGACGAGGAAACGUAAACCCAAAAUGAAGACCCCCCAGGGGGGCCCCCGGACCUCCCAGGGGGGGGGGCAGGCAUCCAGAGGGGGGACAGCCUCAGGUACCAGCUCUCCAGCGUCUCUCUCCAUAUCUGAGCACGCCUCCACCAUCAAGAGUGAGCCCAACCUGGCACCCUCGCCCUACCCAGGACUAACCCUGACCUCCGCCUCGCAGACCUCCUCCCAGCUGGACAGGGCAGGGUCUGUGCUGGUGGACAUCAAGUAUGAGGACUUCCCCUUCACCUCCUCCUCCCUUGCUCCUCACAACUCCUGGUGUGCUCUGUCUCAGGCCUGAGCACCUCCACAACACCAACUGGUCUCAACUCACCUGGUCCCCCCCCCCCCCCUCCUCAUCUAAAAGUCAUCAACGUGUUCUGCAGCUGGACAGUCUGCAGCUGGACAGUCUGCAGCUGGACAGUCUGCAUGCUGAACAGUCUGCAGGCUGGACAGUCUGCAGCUGGACAGUCUGCAGCUGGACAGUCUGCAGGCUAGACAGCCUGCAGCUGGACAGUCUGCAGCGGGGCUGUCUGCAGAUGGAGCUGUUGUCAGGACAUCCCAGAGACAUCCCACUCGAGGUAAUCAGCUCCACGCUAUCACCACGGAGACAGGAGCACCAAUCACAGGGUCGUCAGAUUUACGACCUCGGAGCUCAUCACAUGAUGAUUAACUUUUACAGAGACAUUAUUUAUGUUGAGAUAAGCAGUCACACCCCAAGAACUCAGACGCCAGCCUCACAUUACCCACAAUCCACCUCUACGUGUUCCUGUUUCAGGGGGCGUUAACUUCCACAGCACUUCUCACAGCAGCUGGGACUGGACUGGAGAGUUGUUCUGUGUUUAGUUGGAGUUUGGUCCAGAAUACUGGUUUUCAUGGUCCAGAAUACUGGUUCUCAUGGUCCAGAACACUGGUUCUGAUGGUCCAGAGUACUACAGUAGUUUUGAUGGUCCAGAAUACUGGUUCUCCAGAUCCUGACAGCGUCUCUGGGUGAUUAAACUGACUUCAUGUUCUGACGUUGAAAUUGCAAAGAAAAAGAAGGGGAAUUUAUUUUUAAUUAUUCGGAAUUGAGUUGUGUUGAACUAUGACGGAAGUGUUGUGAAAGGAAGCUGUGAUUGUAUCAUAGUAUCUCACUGCUUACAGUGUUCUUUGAAAUCUGUUUAGUUUAAUAAACUGA